AUUUCAAUGUGACCUGAGUCCGCCAUAUCGUUAUGAAGGGACUGCACGGCUGCAAUAUUUUCAGACCGGAGCGCGCGCGCGCGUGGGGCUCAAAGUGCUUAUCAGAGACCGUCCGGUAUAAAAGUCACUUUGAGCUCGAGCCAGCAACUGCUACAAAGUUUCCAUUGAUGAUCUUCUCUUGACAGAGGUGAAAAUGGCUGAGGACAUUCAGACAAAACUUGAGAAAUAUCGCACCGCUCCCUUUGACGCCAGAUUCCCCAACCAGAACCAGACCAGGAACUGCUGGUCCAACUACCUGGACUACCACCGUUGCCAGAAAGCUCUGGAUGCUAAAGGAGUGGACACUGCCCCAUGUGACUGGUACAAAAGGGUCUACAAAUCACUCUGCCCCUUAUCCUGGAUCCAGAAAUGGGAUGACCAGAGAGAAGAGGGGACCUUUCCAGGAAAAAUCUAAGACUGCCAUCUCCAAAGCCGUUGGUCUGCAAAGAUCUUUUCAGCUAAAUGUUUGUAUAAGUGGUGGGAGAACACGUGGCUCCAUCACCACCUUUCCACUACUGAUGCUCUGUCCUGUAACUGAAUGGUCAUUCCUUACAAAUAUUAAAUGUACAGCAGAUUCUGCAUUAAAGUCUCUCAGGAUAUAAUGAAGUA